AAACCUAACUCUGGUGGGACCUGAACCCCUGGGUCUCACUUUCUGCUGCUGUACACUGCUUGUUGUGCCACUAUGGAACCUGUUAUGGAAUCUCUUUGAUUCUGACCCACCUGAUAUUUGCUGAUUACUUGUUUUGUAGGGCACCUUUGGGUAACACAUACCCUGACAUUGAUGAAUAGUCUAGUAUUUAUUGUGUAGGGCACCUGUGGAUAACACAAACCCUGACAUUGAUGACUAGUCCAGUAUUUCUUCAAGCAGUGAUUCCUGACAGCGUCUUAGGAAAUAUAGUUCCCAAGUCUCUGGUGUGUCAAGACCAAGUUGGAAAUCCAGAAAGCUCUUGAGGAAGAUUCCUCUGUAUAUGAAUAUGAUAAUGUAUACGAGGACUUGCAGAAGAAGAAGGAGGAGAGUAGUGCCAAAAUGCUGGCUGGCAAGGACAAAAAGCCUAAAUAUAUCCAGAAUAUCUUACAAGCAGUGGAGGUGAGGAAGAAGGAACAGGAGAAAAGGAUGGAAAAGAAGAUCCAGAAGGAACGUGAAAUGGAAGGAGAGGAGUUCCAGGACAAGGAAGCUUUUGUCACAUCUGCUUACAAAAAAAGAUUACAAGAGAAAGCUGAAGAAGAAGCACAAGAGAGAAGGCAGGCAGAGAUGGAGGCUUCUCUUGAUGUGACAAAACAAAAGGACCUUAGUGGUUUCUACAGACAUCUGUUAAAUCAAACUGUUGGGGAAGAGGAAACCCCCGAGUGUAGCUUGCGUAAUCCUGGAAUAAAACUGGAAAAGUCAAAAGGAUAUUCCGAUGAACACAACCAAGAGAGCGGUGCAGAAAUACCAGCGCAAACAAGCAACGUGAAGAUGGAAGAAAAUAUAGAUGCUGAUAGUGAUUUGGGAAGUGUGUCUAGUGAGGAAGAGAGCACACCCGAUAAAAAGAAAGCAGCCCCUGAGAGCAAGCCAGAUAAAGACGAAAGAAAAGGCGACAGCCACAAAGCUACGAAAAAAACUAGACGUUCAAGUUCUUCCACCGAAGAAGAGGAGUACCAGGAACAAAAGGGCAGACACAAGGAAGCUAGUGGCACGGGUCGGUCAGAGAGAGACAUGUAUCAAAAAUACAGAGAUUACGACAGAGAAUAUGAAGAAAGACAACAGCAUUGGGAUUACAACAGCCGAGAUCGACACAGGGCUUGGGAAGAGCAAGAUUACAGAGCAAGAGAUAGAGACAGAAAGGAGAAUGAGGGUGGAAACAGGGAUACAAGAAGGGAGCGAGAUCGAGAGUAUUCUGACAGAGAUAGGGAAAGGGAUCGGGAUAGGUAUAGGGAACAGGGGUGGAAACACAGAGAAAAGGAGGAAAAAGAGAGAAGGCAAGAUAGGACAGACAAGGAAAAACAUAGACAUUCAGAUAAGAGAGACCGGUCAGAUAAAGAUAAGAAAAACAAAUCCGACAAGGAAAAAAGCCCACUACUCUCAGAGCAUCAUGAUGACACAAUUCAUGUAAAACCUGCUGACGUCAAGCGCAAAGUUGAAGACUCCGAGAAGGUGGAAGAAACCCAAAACCAGGCUUCCUCCAUGAGCAGCAAGUUUGCCAAGCGUACCAACGAAGAGACUGUAUUAUCAGCCAGAGACCGUUAUCUUGCAAGGCAAAUGGCAAGAUUUGGAAACAAAGCAUAUGUAGAAAAAGAGGAGGACUAGUAAUGUUAUGAUUGAAAAGUGGGGUUUUGGUGGUUGUGUUAAGUGGACAUUGAGGACUACUUCAAUGAAGCAAGUCUUGUGUGUCUAGAUUUGUGGCAAUAUUUUUAAUACACGUCUAGGUGCAGGGUGUUUCAUCAGACAGGGAUGCAAAAAUCCAUUUGAUAUAUUCUUUCCUGUUGAGGCUGUUCUAUUUUUGUUGUUUUUCAAAACAGUUGUAACGAUUUGUGCAAAUAAAAGUAUUUAUGCUGCA